AUGGUGAUCCAUGUUUAUAUUGCAUCUUAUUCUGGCUCUACAGUGAUUAAGAAAUAGCAGCAGGAGGUACUUGGUUUCAUGGUAGCCAACAAAAUAGGAUUUGAAGAAAAAAUAAAUAUUGCAGUUAAUGAAGAGAAUCGGAAGUGGAUGAGAGAAAAGGUACCUGAAGACAGUCGACCAGGCACAGGGUACCCGCCACCUCAGAUUUUCAAUGAAUCCCAGUACCAUGGGGACUAUGAUGCCUUCUUUGAAGCCCAAGAAAAUAAUGCAGUUCAUGCCUUCUUGGGCUUGACAGCACCACCUGGUUCAAAGGAAGUAGAAGUCCAGGAAAAACAGCAAGCUUGAAUGUUAUGCGUUCUUGUAUCAGCAUCUUGAAAAAGAGUGAAUCUCCAUUGCUUUUCUAAAAACCUUGGCUUCAAAAGAAAUAGGCUAUACUGUUGAAAUAAUAGAUUAGUUGAUGUUCUCACAUGCAAACAUGCAUGAUUAAAAUGUGAACAUGGUAGUGAGAAAAUGAGAGAUGAAGUUAAAACUUUAUGUAGAUAUCAUAGAAUAGUAUUGU